GACACGGCUGCAUGUAUUUCUUUUUUCUUCCUAUAUAAUCGAUUUCUUAUGGAGCUGGUCGACUGGAAUGCACCGUGGCCUAACCAAAUCCAGAAGUUAAAGGAUUACUUUUAACCUGCUAAACUCUGGAGAGCCUGUGUGCCAAAGACCUCAUUAACCUGGGGGCAGAGAAUGGUCAAUCACUUCUACCACUCCUCCUCUGUUGUGUGGUAAAGAUGAAAUGUGCAUCUGGACGCUGAAAUGCGAAAGUCCUGCAUCUGAUGGAUUUAUAACCGUUGAAAGAAACCGCAGUGGACCCUUACUGUAACUGCACUUCAAAAAAGUAAACAAUGAAAUAUUUGGACAUUCGUCAUGGAUUCCUAAAUGCAUUUAUUCUUCUCCCAUGACCUCUUUUCAUGGUGCAAAGGAAUUUCAUUAUGGUCAAACCCACAAAUCAAGCCAAUAUGUUGCUGCCUUUCACAGAACACAUGUAUGGGAGAGGGAUUUUUCAUGAACUGUAUCAUCCCCCUCUCUCUUUAUUUCCUCUUCUCCUUCUAUCCUUUUUGCCCUCCAUCACAGUUAGUAGCAUGCCAGGUUUGGAAUACGACUGGGGAACACAACCCAAACUUGUUUGCAUCCCCAUCCCUGCAGAUACAGACCCGAGCUGUUUCACACCGGCUGGGGCUUCCCAUGGACCCAGUAGCAAUGGGCACGGGAAUGGACAUGGGCCCAACAGCAAUGGGCACGGGAAUGGACAUGGGCCCAACAGCAAUGGGCACGGGAAUGGACAUGGGCCCAACAGCAAUGGCCACGGGAAUGGACAUGGGCCCAACAGCAAUGGCCAGGGGAAUGGACAUGGGCCCAACAGCAAUGGCCACGGGAAUGGACAUCAUGGGCCAGUUAGCGGAAUGCCAAAUAGUCACACCAGUAGUAGUAGCCGACAUGGCAUAUCCGAUGAGGCCAAAGCAACCAUCCUUCACCUGAGGGAGAGCCUUGUACGACAGAAGGAAACCAUCCUGGAUCAGCGAGAGACCAUUCGGGAACUGACAGCAAAACUGACCCUCUGUGAGAGCUUUGGAAGAGGGCACCAUGAUGACAACCAUAACAGCCCAUCGAACCACAACUCCCAUCAUUCCUCACACCUCUAUGACAGCCACCAUGCUGAUCCACACUUCCCUCUAAAUGGGCAUCGCAAUGACCAUCAUAGAGGCAAAUCUCCAUACCUAGGCACACACGGAGGCUUCUCACCUGAACAAACAGGAAGGACUCUGCAGGCUUUGAAGGAGAGGCUGGAAAAUCUGCAGACAAGAAAUUCUUCCAGCUCCUACUCCAGUUCAUUGAAAGAUCUUCUGCAACGCAAAAUCAACGCACUUGAAGAACAGCUCCACCACCACCAUGACAGUCACCACAACACUGGUCACCACGACAGCCAUCAUGGACAUGAUGACCACCGUAAUAAUCCCCACAGCAACCAUCACGAUGAUCACCAUGAUACCCACCAUGCAAACCAUCACGAAGACCAUCACCCCACUCACAAUUAUAACCAUCAUUACAAUUACCACAACGAACGCCACAGCGACCACCACAACGAUCACCAUGACAACCAUCAGGCUGGCCAUGACGAUCACCAUGACAACCAUCAUAACAGCCAUGAUGACCAUCAUGAUGAUCACCAUGAUGACAGCCAUCAUGACAACGGUCAUCACGAUGAUGUGCAUCAAAGCAACGGUCACCAUGACGAUGGACACCAUGGCAGCGAAGACCACUAUCAACAAAUCCCAUACAAACCAACAGGCUCAAGAGCACCAGUGCGUGGAACCCACAGCAAGCUAGAAACGGUGCUUAGCAAUCUUCACAAGACUCCAGAAGCAGGCUCAAUCAAGAAGCCCAAGAAUCCCGAUGCCUUUCAGAUUGGCUUCCCAAUGCGCACCAACUAUAUGUACGGCCGAAUCAAACGCACACUUUUGAACGAGAUCUUCGCUCUGACAGUCUGUCUUUGGCUCAAAGGAGGCUCGGGACCUGGGAUCGGGACUCCAUUUUCCUACUCUGUCUCAGGACAAGCCAACGAGCUCGUCCUUAUUGAGUGGGGCAACAAUCCCAUGGAACUCCUAGUCAAUGACAAGGCUGUCACUCUUCCUCUUUCUCUGACGGACAGUAAGUGGCACCACCUCUGUGUAACGUGGUCCACACGUGAGGGCACGUGGGAGGCUUAUCAGGAUGGUGUGAAAAGGGGCUCUGGGGAGAAUCUUUCUCCUUGGCAUUCAGUCUUUAUCCUUGGACAGGAGCAGGACACUCUCGGUGGACGUUUUGACGUCACACAGUCUUUUGUGGGCGAAAUGUCAGAUCUGCAGCUGUGGUCACGUGUGCUCACUUCUGCCGAGAUCUACAACCAAGCAUCCUGCUCCAGCCACCUCACCGGUGAUGUCGUCACCUGGAGUGAGUCCAUGGUGGAACUCCACGGGGGUGUUACAAAAUAUCCAUUUGACCCUUGUCAUUAGGGAUCUACUGCCAGCUCACUCCAUCUCAAAAGAUGGUCCACAGCUUCAACUGAGUCCACUGAGUAGAUCUACCUCUGCUUACCUGCAGCUCAGCAGGUGGACAGUUAUGAAUCCAGAGGGCAAGUCUGUAUAGAAAGACUGAAUAGAAAGACUCUGUUGCAGAGAUUUAAAAGGUUGGCUAAUAGGAUUCCAGAAAGGUUCACAUAGGCCUUCGGCAUUUAACUAAGCACUUUAUUAGUUUAUGUGUCUAAGAAUGACAUGCUGCGUAUCGAUAAGCACUCAGGAUGUCAACGCUUCGUUUCAUGUUUUGGUUCACUUCCAAGCAUGAGCGGGUAAUGAAAGAACUUAAAGGGAUAGUUCACCCAAAAAUGAAAAUUCUGUCAUGAAUUACUCACCCUCUAGUUGUUCCAAACCUGAAUAAAAAGAAUGUUAGCAACUGACAGUUCUGAGGCACCAUUGACUACCAUAUAAAAAGUAUAUUUUGUGUAUUUUUUUAUUCUUUCGAACACAAAAGAAGGUAUUUUGAGGAAUUUAUGAAAGUAAACAGUUUUCGGGGCACCAUUUAAAUUUUUCCUAUUAUGGUAAUAAAUGUUUCAUAAUAAAUAUGUGAACUGUCGGUUGCUAACAUUCUUCCAAAUAUCUUUCUUUGUGUUCAACCGAACAAAGAAAUUCAUGCAGGUUCGAAACAACUAGAGGGUGAGUAAAUGAUGACCGAAUUUUGAUUUGGGUGAACUACAGUAAGUGCUCGUAGCAUGAUGAAAGAAAAAAACAAAAUCAACAAUGUUGACUUUUUUCAUGUUAAUAUAAAGGUCAUGGAAAUUCAUCUCUUUGGAUACACCUGUCUGAGUUUUAAAAGCUGAUAGUUGAAGCUUUUGUUUCACAGUACAUUUCUCAUUUAUAAUGCAUCUUCUCAGAGCCAGGACUGAGUAAGGUUUAUAACCUGAGGUGCUCUUUUAGUCUUACAAAUCAACUAAGAAAAAGAAUUAAUUCUUGUAGCAUUUUAAUAUGCAUUGAAAUUACCAUAAAAGAAAGCUGGAGGAAAUGCUUUUAUGAGCAUGUAUCAUGUUUAAACAAAUAUUUUUAAAACUGGCAUUUUUGUAUUGCUAUAGACUUAGGGGAUUUGAAGUGUUGGAAAUCAUUUUUAAUGUUUCAUAUUUAUUAUAUACACAUGGUGGUCUGUGGGAAGGUGGGCUGCUGUCAUGGCAGCUGCAUGAAAUCGUUGAGGUGUCCAUGGCAACGCAGCUUAAAGGCGGAUUACAGAGCUGAACGGCUCUAUCUGUCCCUUGUGAUUUUCUUUCAUAAUGCAUAAAACACAACAAAAACACACAUGCAGAAGGAAGAGUAACAGGUUCACCGUGCAUGCUGUGUAAAUAAGCUGUUGAAUGCACUUUAUCAUUGCUACUCUGUGAGACAUUGAUUUAUGCUUUUAUGUUGUGCUGUAGUACAAUUUGUUUGAAGGCAAGUUGUUUUUGUUCUUCAGGGCUGCAUUAAACACAUUUAUUGUUUCAGACUUUUCAACUGUAGCCAAAUGUAGCUGUUUUUUCCUCCUAUCAAAAGAUUAUUUACAGAUUUACCAGUUAGGUAAUCAUUCAAUUUAUGUACGUAUGUAUGCAUGCAUUUGUGCGUGUGUGUGUGUGUGUGUGUGUGUUCAAAAACAGACUUAAUGGAUACAUUUUUAACCAUUUAACCUCACCUUUAGUGCGUCUAUAUUUGUAUCCAAAUGCACUAAUUAGUUUAUUGUUUGUUUGUUUACUCUCUGUGAUGUAUAUACCAUAUUUUUUCUUAUUAUUUACAAUAUGUUUGGCCACCUCCUUAAUGCCUGUAAGCCAAAAAUGUAAAAGCGUGUAAGUUAUUUGUAAAUAAAGGUUUUGGACUCAU